AUGGUGGAGAUGCUGCCAACUGCCAUUCUGCUGGUCUUGGCAGUGUCUGUGGUUGCCAAAGAUAACUCCACGUGUGAUGGCCCCUGUGGGCUGCGGUUCAGGCAGAACCCUCAAGGGAGCUCGAGAGUGAUCGGAGGGCAUGUGGUGCAGAAUGGGGCCUGGCCCUGGAUGGUCAGCCUUCAGGUCUACCAGCCCCACAACAACCGCAGGUACCACUCGUGUGGCGGAUGCCUGCUGAAUUCCCACUGGGUGCUCACAGCUGCUCACUGCUUUGACAACAAGAAAAGAGUCUAUGACUGGAGACUGAUUUUUGGAGCACAGGAAAUUGAAUAUGGGACAAACAUGCCAGUGAACGAUCCUCUGCAGGAGAGAUAUGUGGAGAGAAUCAUCAUCCACGAAAAAUACAACAUUGUGACCGAGGGGAACGACAUUGCUCUCUUGAAGGUCACCCCUCCUGUUUCAUGUGGGCCUUUCAUUGGGGUAGGCUGCCUGCCCAAUUUUAAGGCAGGCCCUCCCAAAGUCCCCCAGACCUGCUAUGUGGCUGGCUGGGGAUACAUAAAGGAGAAGGCCCCCAGGCCGUCGCCUGUGCUGAUGGAGGCUCGUGUGGACCUCAUUGACCUCGACCUGUGUAACUCGACCCAGUGGUACAAUGGGCGUGUCACGUCCAGCAACGUGUGCGCAGGGUAUCCCGAAGGCAAGAUCGACACCUGCCAGCGGCGGGCCUCUCAUGUGCAGAGACAACGACCAAAGCCCCUUUGUUAUCGUGGGGAUCACGAGCUGGGGGGUAGGCUGUGCCCGCGCUAAGCGCCCUGGAAUCUACACGGCCACCUGGGACUAUCUGGACUGGAUUGCUUCCAAGAUCGGUCCUAACGC